AUGGUCAUCAAUGGCAGCGUCAUCAGUGUCCACAAGGAUGGGCGCUAUUACAGAGUGGGUGACUGGGACGGGGGCAGAGGCGCUGGUGGGCAUGGGUGCUUCUCCUUCCAUGCCUUGCUAAGUCUUGCUGAGGAGCGGAUCUACGUUCUGUUACAGGUUGUAUACGUGGUGCCCGCUGCCCUGACACUGCUCGUCAGCAUUAACCCUUCAAUAACAGAUAACGGUGUUUGGAGGAGCCUCUGUGACCUUCAUUCUGCUGGUUGUAUUGUUGGGGCCAUUGCCUUGGCUUGCUCUUUGUUUGCUUACGCUCAAGGAAACAUUUUGCAUGAAGAGGAAGGCAGAGAGUUGUUUGGUCUGGUGAUUAUUACAGUAUGGAUGAGUCUUUGUCGCAGUUCAGCAAAAAGUCCACUGGGUGGAGUUCGCUUGAUCGCUGCAAUCCUGGUUGCCCUCUUCCCCUUUGUUGCAUGGCUGUACAUUUAUGUGAACAAAGAGAUGCGAGCAUCUUGGCCAACACACUGUAAAACAGUGAUUUAACUGGUAGGAGAAAGGACAGAAUAAAAAUUCUGACCAUACUUGCCUUUGCUUUUGGUUCUUAAUGAAAGGUUGGUAUCAGUGUAAUAGUACCCAAGAAUGCCUGGCUGCUUCCCUCAGCGCGGUCUGAGAUUUGUUAAAAACAUUGAGGAACACUGUCAAAUCCGAGUGAGGAAUUUUUCUAUGGAAACUGUUGUUCAUCUGGCUUCUUUGUACAUUUUCAAAGCACUUGUUGAUCUAAUGUGUGUUCUCAUGGUACCCUGAAGAUACCCUGGCACGCCUGGAUUACUCUCCAGCCACCUCAUGCUUCGGGAAAUCUACUGUUCUGUAAUGUAUGGGAAAAGUAAAGCAAAAACUUUGUGUCAAUAAAUGACUAUUUACAGCCAUAAAACUUCCAGAUACCUGCCUGGAUAGCCCCUUGAGAUUAACUGAAAA